AUGGCGGGCAGUCUCUGUCUGGGGGGGGGGGGGUUGAGAGGCGGCGGGGAAGGUCAGGCCCCCGGCCAGGUCAGCUUUGGCGGCAUUGGCGGUCUGAAUGAGCAGAUUCGUGAGCUGCGUGAGGUUAUCGAGCUGCCGCUGAAGAACCCCGAGCUAUUUCUGCGAGUGGGCAUCAAGCCGCCAAAGGGUGUGCUGCUCUACGGGCCUCCAGGCACAGGAAAGACACUGCUGGCUCGUGCCGUCGCAAGCAGUCUGGAGACAAACUUUCUCAAGGUCGUCUCAUCGGCCAUUGUCGACAAGUACAUUGGUGAAUCCGCACGCUUGAUCCGCGAAAUGUUUGGCUACGCCAAAGAGCACGAGCCCUGCAUCAUCUUCAUGGACGAAAUUGAUGCCAUUGGCGGUAGGCGCUUCUCCGAGGGAACAUCGGCAGAUCGUGAGAUUCAGCGAACCCUCAUGGAGCUGCUCAACCAGCUCGACGGUUUCGACUACCUCGGCCAAACCAAAAUCAUCAUGGCCACAAAUCGACCAGACACCCUCGAUCCCGCUCUGCUCCGUGCCGGUCGUCUUGACCGCAAGCUCGAAAUUCCCCUGCCCAACGAAGUCGGGCGUCUUGAGAUUCUCAAGAUUCACUCUGCUAGUGUAGUCACAGAUGGCGAGAUUGACUUUGAGAGCAUUGUCAAGAUGAGCGACGGAAUGAACGGCGCCGAUCUGCGCAACGUCGUUACGGAAGCCGGUCUUUUUGCCAUCAAGGACUACCGGGACUCAAUCAACCAAGACGAUUUCAACAAAGCGGUCCGGAAGAUGGCAGAGUCGAAGAAGCUCGAGGGCAAGCUAGACUACCAGAAAUUGUAGAGUGGCCAGCGCUGCUUGGCUGCAUCACUAGCUACAUUAUGGCCGUAAUGAGGGUAGAGCGAUAGGCAUCAUGUACAAUAGUACGGGACGAUGGCAUGGCAAAAUAAUCAUUGCACUGCC